AUGGCUGUUGUUUCGUCGGCAAUUCUAGCCAUGAUUAUAUUGACAUUAUCAUCAACAGUGUCAUCAUACGCUACUGGAUACAGGAAGGUUGAACGAUCACAUCCUUCUACCAGGCGCUUCGCAGACACCCUGACACUAGAACCAUAUGAAAUGAGGUGUUCCUCCAGUAUGGUCUGUGGUUAUGCCGUGUGUGAGUGGAGACAGGAUCUGUUGGAUCCCGAUGAUUCCUGUAACUACCUCUUGAGCACAUGUGUCUGCCCUACUAGACAGUCAUGUGUGCCUACCAACCCCUCUCCUUCAUCAUCCGUACCGGCAUCAGGUUUCAACGUUUUCGAGUAUCACUGUCAAUAA